UCUAGAAACUACAGGUCUGAUGAGGAAAGUGGGAACAGGUGUGUAGGUGGGAGGGGAUGUCAUGUGACCAGGACUGGCAGGUCUGGGGAGUGAGCAGGGGCUGGAGAGAAGGACAGAGAGCCAGGACGGGCAAAACCACCAACCCACUACAAAGUCUCUGCCCUCUCUCGAACUUCUCAGACAGUUUUAGUGCAAAGACUUCAAACUCAAAGGGUUUCUCAAUAAUUUUUUAUUGGAUAUGUCUGGAGUGUGGUGUUGACCGUAUGUGUGUACGUGUAGUGUGUGUUUGAAGCGUGCGUGUGUAGUGUGCGUCUUUGCAUGCACGCCAAGACACGCGUGCAUGUGUUUUCUUCAAGUUUGAGUAAGUAAGGGAAAGUAUAAAAGUAUUAUUAUCAUACACAUCCGAAUAAUCCUUCUCUUUACCAUUUUAAUAGAAAUACCACCUCAUCCUUGCUGUCCAGCAACUUUUAACCACAAUAAAAUACAUUGGUGAAUUAUUAAAUAUGUAUUGACUUCAAAAGUUUUCAUUAACACACUGUUAUUUGUAAUACGCUUUUGGAUCGAUGUGAGUACUUGCAGACGCUCCCUGCGACGAAUGAACCGUCCCGUCAUACCUCGCGUGGCCAACGGCUCUCUCAACCACCGAAUGCUCGCUCGUUGAAUCACCGUACUCAGCCUGUUCAGCUCAACUUAGUGAAAUCAUUUGGAGCGAACCAGGUCGGACUAUCUCAUUUAUCGUCUGCUAUCAGACACACACACUUCCCCGGCCUUCUGUUCGUCUGACUGCGGCGGUGGAGCGUGCUUUCCUGGGCUCGCUGGCUGGGUUUGCUCGGGGAGGCAGAGUGGGAAGUAACGUUACGGAGCUGGUCCCGAGUGAUGAUGGAGCUAGAGUCGGCCAGUAAUAGAGGCGAACUGGGAGCUGUGGGGGACUCGCUGCAGCCACAGACUCCCAGCAGGCACGAGAAGAGCCUGGGACUGCUCACGACCAAGUUUGUGACUUUACUACAGGAAGCGAAGGACGGAGUGCUGGAUCUGAAAGCGGCUGCAGACACCUUGGCAGUGAGGCAGAAACGACGAAUAUAUGAUAUCACCAAUGUGUUGGAGGGAAUCGGACUGAUCGAGAAGAAGUCCAAGAACAGCAUCCAGUGGAAGGGUGUAGGUCCAGGAUGUAACACCAGAGAGAUAGCCGAUAAGCUCAUUGAUCUGAAGGCCGAGCUCGAUGACCUGGCUCUCAGGGAAAACGAGCUGGACCAGCAGAGAGUCUGGGUCCAACAAAGCAUCAAGAAUGUCACAGACGACUCUAACAACAGCCCUAUGGCAUAUAUAAAACAUGAAGACCUCUGUGGAGCUUUCAAAGGUGACACUCUCCUAGCAAUCCGUGCUCCCAUUGGCACACAACUCGAGGUCCCCAUACCUGAAUCUAUCCUCAACGGACAGAGGAAAUACCAGAUCCGUCUCAAGAGUUCAUCUGGACCCAUCGAGGUUUUGCUGGUCAAUAAGGACCCUUCCAGUGCCUCUCCGGUUGUUUUGCCCGUCCCUCCUCCAGAUGACAUCCUUCAAAACCUCCCAGCACCGACGCCUACCUCUCAGCCGCCCACUGCCGUCACACAGGUCUCCAAAGCAGCUCCAGCAAUGACUGCAAAAGCUGGUCCUGCCACAACAACAGCUGUAACAGCCAACCUGACGGCCUCAAUGACGGAAGUGACGAGCACCACGCAGCUCAUCCCGACGACAGAUACACAUGCUGCUGUUACUCAGCAACUGCAGUCUUCUGCCUCGUUGGAUGGAUCUGCGUCCUCCUCAGCCUCGGCAGUAUUUGAACCAAUUAAGUCUGAUCCGUCUGAAUUGCUGGACUUUCCCAAAGAGCUCUCUGAAAUGUUUGAUCCUACAAAAGAGAUCAUUAGUGGAGACCUGUUGGAGGACCUGAUGUCUUCAGAAGUGUUCUCGCCUCUCCUCCGUCUGUCCCCCCCACCCAGCGACCACGACUACAUCUACAACCUGGACGAGACAGAGGGCCUCUGUGACCUCUUCGACGUGCCCAUUCUCAAUCUCUGACCCCUGCGAUGGAUGUCAAGAGUGGGGAAACGGUUCCCCAAAUAUGCUAAUUGAUUUUCUCCCAAGGGUUUCCCCCCCCUCACUGACGGUGGAGGUGAGUGGAGGUGCAGGGGAGCCAAUAUGAUCUGACAAGCGUCUAAGGACACCUGCGCACUGACGCUGGGCUCAGACAGUUGCUCCAUGCACAGCCUGGCGAGAACAAAACUUUUUACUUAAUGCUUUUCCAAGGAAACCGAGUCAAAACAAAUGACAAAUAAUUCUAUUUUUUAGAUUGCUAUGUAUGAUAAAGAGGUGUGUGUGUGUGUGUGUGUGUGUGUGUGUGUGUGUGUGUGUGUGUGUGUGUGUGUGUGUGUGUGUGUGUGUGUGUGUGUGUGUGUGUGUGUGUGUGUGUGUGUGUGCGCGCGCGCGCGCUUGAGUUUUGUAUUGACCGCUCUCUUAUCUUGAGUCAGAUGUCUCUGGGGGGGGGAAUCAAGAGCCCCUUUUUCUAUCAGGUAGAGAGACAUUGGCAGACUAACAGAGCACAGCUUUUGUCACCUGGCAGCUGCGCAUGCAUGGCUGGAAUGAGUCCAAACAGCUGGUUAAAUAUGCACUGUCCUCAUGUACAUAGAGAAAAUAUAUUUUGUAUUACCAGCACACAAGGCUAUUGUGUAAUAUUGAACUACAUUUGUAACAAUAGUUGGCAAAUAAACAAAGGUUCCCGACUCAAAUAGUCAGACUGUAUGUGUGAAGUGCUUUGUUUUGAGUCGUGGGCAUUUGUCUCAAUCAAACCCUUCAGUGUUGGAAGUGUUUCUGUGAACCAGGAUCCUAAUGUUGAGUUAUUAAAGCCAAUAAACGUGACACAAAGAGCCAUGGACCAAAACAAGGGGUUGGGGGGGGGGGGGGGGGUUUAGACUUCUAUCUUUUUACAUGAACACUAUUCAGGUCAACACGGUGCUCAUUAAAAUGAAACAAUGUGUCUCUGGCUCUCGUCGACACUGAGAGGUUUGAGAUAUAUAUAUAGAUAUAUCUAUAUAUAUAUAAUAUAAGCCGGCUUUCAGUUUCAUUUUUGCCUCUGGACUUUUGAACCUUGCAUAUUUUUAUUGGCUCUGAUUAUUUCAUAACUUAACUGGAGUGCAUCAGAGGAAUAGCUCCCACCCCUCCCAAAAAUGACCCCUGUGGAUUUUGUCUUUUAGUUAUGUAUGUAUAUGAUUACCAUUGUACUCGGUUCAUGUUCAUGGAAAGGGACUUUUAUGUAUUUUUACUGAGUGAAUAUAGUCACGAUGUCAUGGACAACGCUCCUGUUUUUGCUUGUUUGUAUAUUUGGUAAAGAUCCCUAUUCAGUAGUUUAUUCCAAUUUCUUCCAAUUUCUUUCUGUUUCUCGUAAAUGAAAUACUGCCCGUCUUUCUGACUCUAAAUUCAAUUUUUCCACUCUAAUCAUUCUCCCUCUGCAGGGGACAGGUGAGUAGCAGUUCAGGAUGAGUUGUCACGAGUCAAACUGUGAAAGUACGAUAUCAACAUUAUUCAUAUUGCUGCGAUGCUUCUUCAUUUUGUGUGAUAAUGCCCUGGAUUAAGUGUAUGUAUGUACUGUUUGUAUCCGGCUCUACCGUUUGUAUAGGAUAGCGUUUAUUUUUUAUACCCGAUAGAUAUAUUACUACUGCUACCUAUCUUGGGGCGACACUUAACUGUGUUUGCAAUUCAUCCACAAAACCUUCUGCUUUGUCAAAGCCUCCUGUCUCAUUGUUGCACUUUACAUCACUGGUCUGAUUGGUUGUUACUCAUCCCCUCCCAGUCAGUAAGAAGUCAUCGUGUUUCAACAGUGUUAUGAGUUUCUUCAAUAGAGUAUAGCUGAGCAGUACUGGUUUGAAUGAAUCGUGUGUGUGUGUGUGUGUGUGUGUGUGUGUGUGUGUGUGUGUGUGUGAUGGCAUGAGAGACUCAAUCCUACAGACUGUUUUUAACAGGUUCACUAUUGCUAAGCUGUAGCUGCAUCAAAUGAAAUGAAAUAAAAACUUUGGUAUUCUUAA